ACGUAAACCAGUCAUAUGUUGUGUUAUAUCUGCUGUUUGGUAUAAAGAUGACAUUUUAGUUCUGAAGAAAUUUCAACAGUUGUACGGUGAGAAGCUGGGGGGAUUCUAUCCUCUCUCGCGUUUUACUGGCAAGUUUACACAAGUCGUAUACAAAAUAAUAAACAUGGAUGCAGCAGAGGUAAAGGACAUUACCGAACUCAGAGGAGUUCUUCACUGUCAGGAGGACGGAUUCGUCCCCAAGAAGGAGCCAUGUUCUGUCAGCGAGGAAAACGAUUCGGACGACGAAUCCGAUGAUAUACCCACGACGACGACAUCGUCGAUGAGUCCCGACUCUCCUUCGUCCACACAAAAAGGUGUGAAGAAACCAGGUGUCGGAGUGAGGCGACAGGAAAAACCACCAUAUUCAUACAUCGCACUCAUUGUAAUGGCGGUACAAGCGUCGCCAAACAAACGUUGUACUCUCAGUGAAAUUUAUCAGUUCUUACAACAAAGGUUUCCGUUUUUCAGAGGUGCUUAUCAAGGAUGGAAGAAUUCCGUCCGACAUAACUUGUCGCUUAAUGAGUGUUUUAUCAAACUUCCUAAAGGUCUCGGUAGACCAGGUAAGGGACACUACUGGACCAUUGAUCCGGCUGCAGAGUUCAUGUUCGAGGAAGGAUCCUUUAGGAGACGACCAAGGGGAUUCCGAAGAAAGUGUCAGGCGCUAAAGCCUUUCGGAAUGUUGGGAGUUAAUAGUAUGGGAGGCAAUCCUGCUAUUAUGGGGACACAUUAUGACAUUUUUCAUCAAAAUGCAAAUAUGGCGUCGAUGGCAGCGAUGCAGACGUGUUCCGUCGCUGCGACGACACCGAAUUAUGACACAAGUGGGAUGAUGAGUCCUCAAAAUGGCGGAAGUCUGCAGCAUCAUGCAAGUUAUCCAUCAAUACCACAACAUAAUAUGUCGUCCAACGUCAACUGUGGAGGAUUCAACGUCAACAUGGCCGUCAACGUAAGCGGUCGAUACGGACCGAGUUGUGCGAUGGCUGGAAUGGACAGUACGGACUAUAGUGCUACGGCCAAUUUGACCAAUGCUAUGUACGAUCGUGACCACUCCAUGCAGGGUGUCCUUCCACCUACCUCUUGGUCCUCGCAGCGUUACAUCAAACAGCCCCUUAGCCCCGCUGGAAGUACCGGAUCCGUCCCUAGUAUGUCCCCUUCCUCUUCCGGUGACCAUUCGCCCUAUGGUCACGUUCCAACCGCGUCGACGGAGCCCAUGGAUCUGGCGUUAGCAGGUAUGAGACUUCCACCUCAGAGUUAUAAUCAAAACACGUCAUGCGACCGGAAGUCAUAUUUUCCCUACAGUACCAACGGCAUGAAUACAUCUCUUCACCAUUCUCCAUAUUUCGAGAAAUGUGCGAUGUGAUCACGUGACGUAAGUCUUGGAAGUCUCAUCAUUAAUUGUCAUUUUUCCUCGUCAACCAUCGUUCUAAACAACAGGUGCUCAACAAAAACCGUCACAACGGCGAACUGGACUUGACCAAUCAUUGCGGAUCAUGUCGACGUUUUAAUUUAUUUUCUUACUUAUUAACUAUUAACUCCUAUUAUUGUAUGACGAGUGCGUGUCUGUCUCUAAACCGUGUCGUGUUACCACAGAAUCUCAUAUCAGACCCACAAACACCCUAUCGGAAAAAUGAGAAACUUUCCUUUGAUCAGGAAAUCGAGCAAUCAAGGAGAUAUAUUCUUUAAAAAAAGAACCAAUUCAAUGAAGUUAUCUGGCGACAUUGUAUUUGAAGAUGGAGCAGUUCACGAUCCCGACAGAAAUUCACAUAAAUGUGAACUCUCUUUCUGUGAUCUCGUAGUAAUGUGACGAUGCGCACGGAUAUACACUUUUACAUGUGUAAAUGUUGUGAAACUGUGAACGUAUUUUUUGAUAUACAAUUAUGUUGUACAUAUUAAUAAAUAUAUAUUAUAU